AUCAACCAACCGUUAUGCAAAUGGGCUUCUGAUCCUCAUCGUUGACCAGUUAACACAUGACAAACGACGAGUGAUGAACAUUCCAGCCAGAGUUGCAGCCGCACUUCCCCUACUCGCCUCUCCUUUGCUUCCCUCCUCCUCUCUCAGUCUCCAGAGCUUCUGCUCUUUAAUCUCUCAUCACCGUCAGCGUGCGCAAAUUGGGUUUAGUGCCAACAGUGCAGAGCGGAGAUUGAGACGCUGCGUUGCUGAGAAAAUGGCUUGGAGUGCAGAGAAGUGCGAUGCGGGAGUUGAAACUGAGUUGGGGGUAGUUCGACCGGCCACCGGAGCUCACACUGAAGAGGCAGUUGAAGCUCUCAGAGCCGGAAAAGUCAUUGCAGUCCCCACCGAUACACUUUACGGCUUCGCUUGCGAUGCUUGUUCUUUGGAAGCAGUGAAUCGGAUAUAUGAGAUUAAAGGACGUAAACAUACAAGUCCUCUUGCAAUUUGUGUGGGGGAUGUGCCAGACCUUAAGCGGUUUGCUGCCACAGAACACUUGCCCCAUGGCUUACUUGAGAAUCUCCUUCCAGGACCUGUUACUCUUGUACUAAACCGAGGGGAGUCGAGUAUUCUUGAGAAGUCUCUGAACCCAGGAUUGGAUAGUAUAGGAGUCCGAGUGCCUGACUGUAACUUCAUCAGGGACAUUGCCCGCAGACUGGGGAGUGCAUUGGCCCUUACAAGUGCAAACCUAAGCGGGCAGCCAAGUAGUGUUUCCAUCAAAGAUUUUGAGAACCUCUGGGAACAUUGUGCAUAUGUUUACAAUGGUGGUGUGCUUCCUUCAGGCCGUGCAGGCUCAACAGUCGUGGACCUCACCAGACUAGGCAAGUACAAGAUUCUUCGACCUGGAAGUGCAAAGGAAGAGACUGUUGCAAUCCUUGAAAUGCAUUCUCUUGAGGAAGAUGGAGCAGCUACUUAAAACCACAUGCAUACAACUUCCCUGAUAUAUAUGAUUUAAACUAAAUCAUUUGAUGAUUAAUAUGAGUGGUGGCUGGAAUGGGUGAAACCAUGGUUCUAAAAACCAGACUGUGACCUGACCGGCUGGUACGUAUGAUUCGAUUUUACACUUAUAAAAUCAGGAGUGAAUUUAUAAUAUUAGAAUUCUUUUUCUUUGGAAUUUUUAUAUGGAUUGAAGUGAUUGUAGUAGUAUUUUUAAUCAAGUUACUGGUUGAAUAGAAAAUCA